AUGCAGGUGGCCACUGCCUGGUUAAUCACCAACGCAUCCGAGCAGACCUUGUACGUUCCAGGCCGGGUGCGCAACGCCCUGGCGCGGGCCGGACGUGCCGCCGCCGCCGCGCUGCCCUACAACCUGAGCCUGGAGGUGGUGCCCGGCGCGCCCGGCCACCGCGACCCGGCCUCGCUGGCGCGCUGGCUGUGCCAGGCGCUGGUGGUGCGCGGGGUGGCGGCCGUGGUCGCCUUCCCCGCCUCCCGCCGGGAGCUGCUGCAGCUGGACGCGGCCGCCGCCUUCCUGGAGAUCCCCUUCGUCAGCGUGGGGCAGGAACAGGAGGAGGAGGGGGGCGACGAGCAGGAGCCCCCCAUGCCCUUCAGGAGCCGGAAUCCCUUUCACCUGUUCAUGGACCGGAGCAAUGAUUUUGAGACCAUUUUGGAGCUGCUGGCCCAAAUCUUCUACUCCAACAAAUGGAAUGACGUCACCCUGAUUGUGUGCCGGGCUUGGGAUGUCCCUGGCUUUGUGGACCUCUGGACAAGCCACAUGGACCUCGAGAGGAUGGUCGUGGUGGACGUGAGUUACCUGGACGAGCCGGAAGCGGCUCGCCACCUCCGGCGUCACUUGGAAGAAUACCGAGAGCUGCCUGGCCCAGCUUUGCUUUUUGGCUGCAACACACACCUCUCCCAGUUGGUCUUCCGGACAGCCAGAGAGCUGGGGGUGACCCAGGAGUUCCACUGGGUGUUGGGGGAGCCCCAAAACGUGGGUGAGUUGCAGACAGAAGGGUUGCCUCUGGGUCUCUUAGCCUACGGAGAGGUCAACCGGCCCUCGCUGGAGCACUUUAUCCAAGACGCCGUGGAGCUGGUGUCCCGCGCCAUUUCCAGCGCUGUGCGCCUUCGGCCUGAGCUUGCACUCAUCCAGAGCAUGGUGAACUGCAAUGACAAGCAUGCGAUUGGCUCCAGGUCUUCCGGGCAGUUCCUCUCCCAGUUUUUAGCCAACGUGUCCUUCCAGGGCCAGACGGGCAAGGUCUGUGUGCGAAACACAUCCCUCAUCCAGACGGAGAGGCAUUACAAGGUCUGGAGCCUGCUGCGGGACUCAGUGGGUCAGCCCACAUGGGUGACCGUGGGCAGCUGGAGAGGCGGCAACAUGGAAGUAGAGGAGGGAGCGUGGCCGCAGCCGCUGCAGCGCAAGAAUCGGGCUGAGAGCGGCGGCGGCACCCGCAUGAAGCUGCGGGUGGUGACGCUGGUGGAACAUCCUUUCGUGUUCACACGAGAGGUGGAUGAAGAAGGCAACUGCCCAGCGGGGCAGCUGUGCCUGGACCCCCGCACCAACAACUCAGCCGUGCUGGACGCCCUCUUUGAGGAGCUGAACUCCGAGAACGGCUCGGUGCCUCUCAAGUACCGGAAGUGCUGCUACGGCUACUGCAUCGACCUUCUGGAGAAGCUGGCCGAGGACUUGUCCUUCGACUUCGACCUCUACAUCGUCGGGGACGGGAAGUACGGCGCCUGGAAGAACGGCCGCUGGACCGGGCUGGUGGGCGACCUGCUGAGCGGCACGGCCCACAUGGCGGUGACGUCCUUCAGCAUCAACUCGGCCCGCAGCCAAGUCAUCGACUUCACCAGCCCCUUCUUCUCCACCAGCCUGGGCAUCCUGGUGCGGGUCCGCGACACGGCCUCGCCGAUCGGGGCCUUCAUGUGGCCCCUCCACUGGACCAUGUGGGUCGGCAUCUUCGUGGCCCUCCACCUGAUGGCCCUUUUCCUCACCCUGUAUGAGUGGAAGAGCCCUUACGGGAUGACGCCGCAUGGGCGCAACCGCAUGAAGAUCUUCUCGUACUCCUCGGCCCUCAACCUGUGCUACGCCAUCCUCUUCGGGCGCACCGUCUCCAGCAAGACGCCGAAAUGCUGGACCGGGCGGUUCCUCAUGAACCUCUGGGCCAUCUUCUGCCUCCUGGUCCUCUCCAGCUACACGGCCAACCUGGCCGCCGUGAUGGUGGGGGAGAAGACCUUCGAGGAGCUCUCGGGCAUUCACGACCCCAAGCUUCACCAUCCCUCCCAAGGCUUCCGUUUUGGUACGGUCUGGGAGAGCAGCGCCGAGGAAUACAUCAAGAAAAGUUUUCCAGACAUGCACGAGUACAUGAGGCGUCACAGUGUCCCCACCACCCCUGCUGGGGUGGCCAUACUCAAGACCAAUCCCCCCAAACUGAAUGCCUUCAUCAUGGACAAAUCUUUGCUGGACUACGAGGUCUCCAUCGAUUCGGACUGCAAGCUGUUGACUGUGGGGAAACCCUUUGCUAUUGAAGGCUAUGGGAUCGGCCUUCCACAGAACUCGCCUCUGACCUCCAACAUCUCCGAGUUCAUCAGCCGGUACAAGAGUGCGGGCUUUAUGGACCUUUUGCAUGACAAGUGGUACAAGAUGGUGCCCUGCGGAAAGCGGGUCUUUGCCGUCACUGAGACUCUCCAGAUGGGAAUCUACCACUUCUCCGGCCUCUUUGUGCUCCUUUGCAUCGGGCUGUGUGGCUCCCUGCUCACCUCGCUUGGAGAGCACAUCUUUUACCGCCUCAUUCUGCCCCGCAUCAAGCGCAAGAAGAAAUUCAACUACUGGCUGCACACCAGCCAGAAAAUCCACCGGGCUUUGAACAUGGGGCUAGAGGAACAGAGGAUCAAGAAGCUAAAUUUGGAGAAAAGAUGCAACAUUCAGAAGAGUCAAGAAGAGCCAGAGCAACCCCCCAGCCAGCCUGGGUGGAACAACCUACGUCGGGCGGCUGUGAAGAAGGAAGACAAGCGGGUGCAUUUCAAUAUCGAGAACACGCCAGACGAGCCGUCGGAAGACGAGAGAGAGGCAGCCGUCUGGCACUGCAUGAACGGCCAGGAUCCACAGCAGGACGACAAAGAAGCCAAAGAGAAGGAACUGAAGGAGCUGGAGGGCAAAAUCGAGGCCAUGCGGGAAGAGCUACGGGCUGCCUUGGUGCGGAAGAGCGAGCUGAUGGUGGCGCUCGGACCCCCGCCCAAAGCCCCCCAGCUCCCACCCGCUCUGAAAGCACUGAUCAAAGCGAACAAUGAGGACAGGUGAUGGAGGAAAGGGAGCGCCUGUGGGUGGGCCGGGUGGCGCCCACGUGGCGUGGCGCACAAACGAAAAAGACGCGUGUGGUUGCAAAAUGCUUGGGCUCUGGCCGCCGUUGCACCGGCAAAGCUUGAGUUCCAGCCUCCCCUAUUACUCCGAGACCCGUGCAGUCAAAUCCGUGCUUUGCAUGUGGAAGGUCCCAUUUUGGAUGCGGCUGAGGAGCGUCUUGGCUGGUGGGCCGGGAAAGACGGCUGCAGAGCAAACGGGGCCGUGUCCCAAGGUGCUAACAAGGGGGUGUCCGUGCCACGAAACACCAUUUCCUGAUUUCUGCAGGGAUCAAGCCCGUUGAAGUCACAGGAGAACCCCUGAGCUACGUUCGGUGGUCUCUUGGGACCAUCGGCCAGGAACGUGAGGCGGCUGUGAAUGAGGGCAGAUGGAGGGGAGAGGUCCCACAAAGGUGGGGGCUACCAUGGCUUCAAGGCCUGGCAUUUCCAGGCCUAGCAGAGAUACGGAGACUGGCUUCCCAUCGAAGGUAGACUUUCCGGGCUGAGCUGUCUCUGGUCCGGCUUGGGCAUACGACAGAACUUGGCUGCCAUUGUCAUCUGCCUUCAGCCAGAGAGGAUGGAGGCAGAGCGACCCAGAGCCUUCCCUGAAUCUCAGAGACUUAACCAUCUAUCGACACACGCCCUGCAGCCAAGAGCUUUCCCAGGCUCCCUCGCUGCUUCAGCACCCGCGGGCAAAGUCCUUGGGGCCUUUUGCAGUUCCGGUGAUCUCCGCAGCCGUUUUGCUUGUGCCCAAAACCUCGGCGAGGGGCUCCUGGUCAUGCUCGGGGCACAGCAGCUUUGCACAGUCUCGUGUUUAGAGGAACCUCUCAGCUGAGCUUCGCCAAGGGAAGCCUCCAGCUCCAUCCGCAUCGUCGGACGAUCCCAGGUCGGAAGGCUGGCAGGGGACAGACGCGGCUGUCAGUCGAGAGUGGACGAUUCUGGGCCCGUCGGUCAGCUUGGCGUGUUUCUGGCAGGGCUGAGGUGCCUUUGGGGUCUGUUAUGGGGUGGACCUGCACUGACUCUUACCUGAGAGCAGGAGCACUGAAAUCCUUGGGAUUGCCAUGGACUGUCUGAGUUGUCCCAUGCAUUUCACUGGCUCUGCUCUAGGGAAGAUGACAGGGGUGUUUUUAAAGAGCUUGUGGGUGAGCGCAGGGUUCUGAUGACUUUGAAAGUGCAUGGAUCCUGGCUCUUAUUUGUGGAUUGUUCAUUUCUUGCCCUCCAUUUCUAUACUGCCUGAUAGCUGAAGCUCUCCGGCCAAUUUGCAAAGAUUAGAACCUUAGAAAUACAAGGUAUAUACAUAAAAUAUACAUAAAAUAGGCAGAGAAGCACAUAGGUACUUGUAUUGGCAAACAAUUAUAAACUUGUAAGGAGGUUACCCCUGUUGGCAUCAGGUGGGACUCGUUGGCAUGAUCGUGCCAUCUUUGCAGGGACUCCCCCCAAGAAGGCCCAUACCUUGUCCCCUUCCAAGCCUCUCUCGGAGGAAGCAACUGGACUAGCAGCUUAGAUGAUGAAGACCACGCCUUGCAGAACAGUAAUUUUUUUGGAGACCUGUCCGGUCCCUUCUUGUUUCACUGCAGUGCUUGGAAAUGCCAUCACAGGAGGACUGUAACCAAUCCUUCUGACUUGGGACACACCCUUUUUUCGUAGCCACCCCCUCCCCUCCCCUUCAGGCUUGCGACAGACCACCUCACUAGACUCAUUGGCCCUCUUAGCAAUAAUAAAUUUGGGGGCCAUAAUUCUGCUACAAGGAAUUUGGGGGCUGCAGUUCUGCUACAAGGGCGGGCUGCAGCUUGUCAGGAACGGUGGGACUGUUCUCUUCAGCCAGCUCGUGUUUGUUUGUGUGGGUUUCGUUUUAAAUUUCAGAAUAACCCAUCAAGAUCUGAUUUAGCAGCUCAGGUUUCGCACAGCCCAGCUUUCUUCAAGCAGCUCCAGUUUAGCAUGCUUCAGUUGAACUCAUGGGCCAGUGCAUGGAGCACCUUUUCGUCGAACUCUGCUUUCAGACUUAGCAGCUCCAGGUUCGCAAAGAUUUGUUUCAUUAGCUGGUCAAGUGGAGCAUCUUACUUAUUUAUUAUUUAUUUGGAACACUUAUAUGCCGCCCCAUUCGCAAAAGCCUCAGGGCGGCUUCCAAUACGAAUAAAUAACUAUACAAAUUGGAUCUUGGGUUCGGCAGAGCUGUGCUUUUUUUUUUUUUGGCAGCUCAAGUACUGGAAAGCUUUUCCAAAAGAGAUUGUGGCAGGACUGCAUUCUUACAAAGUGCUUUGCUUGGCAGGAUUAGCUCUUAAAGCCAGUUUUGGCUGGCUGUGAAAACUUUAGCAGGGUUCCUUGUAAAAGAAUAAAACUCUUCCAGUCGGGGAUGGUAAAUGUGAAGUGAUGGCAAAGACUCGGUCUUCAUCAACACAGCAGGUUCCUUAAUAAUGGCUUUUAAAGGUAUUCCUGCCCUUCAGUCCCACUUACCUUCACAACAUUUGAAUGGAGGAAAAUAGCACAGGGAAUUAUAGGUAAGCAAGAGGAGCCCAUGAAUAACUGAGCGAAAUGCCAGCAACUCUUAAAAAGUAAUUUAUUACCGAAAUGUCAGGGUCUUAGUAGAAAAUCCCAACUUGCAAAUGUUAAUUCAGUUCCUGCCAGUUUCUUGGCCUCAUUAUACAUUCUGCUUCAGUGAAAGAAAA